UCGGACGGAGAUAAAUACCCCAAAAUGAACGUUCCUGGUAGCCUCGGGGGCAAUACACCGAUGGAUCUCAAGAAUGGUCUCACCUCUCUAUGCGGAAUGCCGAAUUCCGGUUGGGAUGCGGAUUCCAGCCAACGGCAACAGGACUUGCCCCAAUUUAUGAUGCUUAAGCGGCUGUUGCAGAGUCUUAAUCCUGGUGCUCCGGAGUCACGCGAUGCUGCGUUGUCUGGGGCCGCACGAUCCCUAAACUACAAUACCGCUUUCUCUGCUCCAGUUCAGUUCGCGGACAUGUGCAAUGGCCUCCAGCAAUCCCAAGCCCUUGCUUUGGCUCAACUGCUUUCUGCCGCUACCUCCGUGACUUCCGAGUGGAAGUCUCUAGUUUCCCUUACCUUGCCCAGCCUUCCAACUCGCGACAUUGAUUAUCCUAUUUAUAAUUAA